GUAAAAUCUCUGCUUUUAGACCCCUUUUUCGUGAUGUGGGAAAUAUUUUUCCCAGAUUGAUUAUGGGAAGAUUCAAGAACGGGAUUUUAGCAGCGGAAAUAUUAUUUCUUCUUGCAAGAUUAUUAAGCGGCAUUGAUGGGGUGGUGUCGGCGGUUUCUUCUUCGUGUAUGAUUGCUUACGACGACGGUGGUGCUCCUGCCGUUCUUCAGUCUUUUGAGUGUGUUGCUCAGUGGGGUUUCUUGGUUGAAUCUCUGAAAAAUUCAACGAAAAAUUGUGAAUUUGCGAGUCUUCAAGGGCACAGGAAGUACCAAGAGGAUCGUGUCACCUGCAAUCUUGGUAUACGAAUACCUUUAAUCGGAAAAGAUGCGAGAAAUGCAGCUAAGGUUGAUCUACUUGCUAUAUUCGAUGGCCAUGGAGGAACAGAAGCUAGUGAAACAGCCAAACAAAACUUACUUGAUUACUUUCUUGUUCAUGUUAUCGCGGGCGCUUUCAAGAAAUCAUCAACACUUUAUGAUAAUCAGCAUGAUUUAGUAAAAGGUUCCCAUGGAUCUUUACUAGAGAUCGAAGAUAAAUCCUUACAUGACAUCGUGAAAGAAGCUCUAUUGGGCGCAAUUCGUGAUAUUGAUUUGAAAUUUUCUUUGGAGGCGAUUCAGAAAGGUUAUAGUGCAGGUUCAACUGCGAGUAUUGUUGUUUUGUUGAAUGAUGAAGAAUUAAUGGUUGCAAAUGUUGGCGAUUCCAAAGUCAUCUUAUGUUCAGGAUAUGCCGCUGAGGAAUUGACAAGUGAUCAUCAUCCAGAUAGAGAUGAUGAACGAGCCCGAAUAGAAGUUGCUGGUGGUUUUGUUCUUGACUGGGAUGUGCCACGUGUCAACGGUGUAUUGGCCGUGUCUCGAGCCAUUGGUGAUGUUUUGUUAAAAAGGUACGGUGUGAUUGCUGAACCAGAAACAGUAGGCUGGCGAAGGAUGAGUGAUAAAGAUGGCUACUUGGUGGUUGCAAGUGAUGGUGUUUUUGAGAGUUUGACUCCUCAAAGUGUUUGUCAACUUAUUGGAGAUGCAAAAGUUCAAGAAAAUGGGACCCCAUAUGACAAAUUUCCUUUUUUACCCUCGGUGUCAUUGGCAUAUUGCAUCGUGAAGACGGCUUUGCAGAGGGGUAGUACUGACAAUUUGAGUGCUAUUGUGUUUCCAUUGGCACAAGCAGCUGGUGUGAUUCUAGUGCACAAGGAUGAGUUGUGACAAUGCUUAUAGUUAAAAAAUGAAAACAAUCUUUAACAACAUAGAAUUUGGAAAACUAAAGUCAAAUAUAUUGGUUAUAAUAAAUAUGUCAAAUAGGGGAAAGUGCAAGAAAUAGCAAUUUAUUUCCGUUUUGUUUUUCUAUUACCGCAUUGUGUAUUGAAA